CGGCAGCGGCAGCGGCAGCGGCAGCAUCUCACUCGCGGAGCCGGCGCAGGUUUCUCACACCUGGAAAGCAGACUGAGAGCAGCCCAGGAGACAGAGCUGAACUUCGUCACCCAGUCCCCAGAGCCGGCAAGACAUGGGCCCUAUUUUCCAAACCCUGACGCCUUUCAUAUAACCAGAAGACGUGGAGGGGAGCCACCGCCCCGACCAUGUAGAUGCCAGCUCCAGGGAGCAGCAUGGGCCCCGCUGAAUGGAGACUCCUGUGUCUACAGCCCUGAGCCCCUCCGGCCCCUGGACCUUGCCCCACGCCCGGGGACGCCCCUCAGAGCCCACCGCCGCUGUCGCCAGCCCACCUCGGCUGCCCCCUGGAGUCAGCUGCCAGGAGCCACAGCCGUCCAGUGAGGUUGUGCUGCGGACAGCCACGCGGAGCCAUCGCCUGGCCGCCUCCUGUCCAGCACUGACCCUCGGGCCCACCCCGAGCGGGGACUGCGGCAGACAUGGGUGACAUGACCAACAGUGACUUUUACUCCAAAAACCAAAGAAAUGAGUCGAGCCAUGGGGGCGAGUUUGGGUGCACGAUGGAGGAGCUGCGCUCCCUCAUGGAGCUGCGGGGCACCGAGGCUGUGGUCAAGAUCAAGGAGACCUACGGGGACACUGACACCAUCUGCCGGCGCCUCAAAACCUCACCUGUCGAAGGUUUGCCAGGCACCGCUCCAGACCUGGAAAAGAGAAAGCAGAUUUUUGGGCAAAACUUUAUACCUCCAAAGAAGCCAAAAACCUUCCUGCAGCUCGUUUGGGAGGCACUGCAAGACGUGACGCUGAUCAUCCUGGAAAUCGCGGCCAUCAUCUCCCUGGGGCUAUCCUUCUACCACCCGCCUGGUGAAAACAACGAAGGAUGUGCAACGGCCCAGGCGGGGGCAGAAGAUGAAGGGGAGGCGGAGGCGGGCUGGAUCGAGGGGGCCGCCAUCCUCCUCUCGGUCAUCUGCGUGGUCCUGGUCACGGCCUUCAAUGACUGGAGCAAAGAGAAACAGUUCCGGGGCCUGCAGAGCCGCAUUGAACAGGAGCAGAAGUUCACCGUGGUCCGGGCUGGCCAGGUGGUCCAGAUCCCUGUGGCUGAGAUCGUGGUUGGGGAUAUCGCCCAGGUCAAAUAUGGCGACCUCCUCCCUGCAGAUGGCCUCUUCAUCCAGGGCAAUGACCUCAAGAUCGAUGAAAGCUCCCUGACGGGGGAGUCUGACCAGGUGCGCAAGUCUGUGGACAAGGACCCCAUGCUGCUGUCAGGGACUCAUGUGAUGGAGGGCUCUGGACGGAUGGUGGUGACCGCCGUGGGUGUGAACUCUCAGACUGGCAUUAUCUUUACCCUGCUGGGGGCCGGCGGUGAGGAGGAAGAGAAGAAAGACAAGAAAGGUGUGAAGAAGGGGGAUGGCCUUCAGCUACCAGCGGCUGAUGGUGCGGCAGGUUCAAAUGCUACAGAUAGUGCAAAUACCAGCCUAGUCAAUGGUAAAAUGCAGGAUGGCAAUGUGGACACCAGCCAGAGCAAAGCCAAACAGCAGGACGGGGCGGCCGCCAUGGAGAUGCAGCCCCUCAAGAGUGCCGAGGGCGGCGACACUGACGACAAGAAGAAGGCCAGCAUGCACAAGAAGGAGAAGUCGGUGCUGCAGGGCAAGCUCACCAAGCUGGCUGUGCAGAUCGGCAAGGCGGGCCUGGUGAUGUCAGCCAUCACGGUGAUCAUCCUGGUGCUCUACUUCACCGUGGACACCUUCGUGGUCAACAAGAAGCCAUGGCUGCCCGAGUGCACGCCCGUCUACGUGCAGUACUUCGUCAAGUUCUUCAUCAUUGGUGUGACGGUGCUGGUGGUCGCCGUGCCCGAGGGGCUCCCUCUGGCUGUCACCAUCUCACUGGCCUACUCGGUGAAGAAAAUGAUGAAGGACAACAACCUGGUCCGCCACCUGGACGCCUGUGAGACCAUGGGCAAUGCCACGGCCAUCUGCUCGGACAAGACGGGCACACUCACCACCAAUCGCAUGACGGUGGUGCAGGCCUACGUGGGCGACGUCCAUUACAAGGAGAUCCCCGACCCCAGCUCCAUCAAUGCCAAAACCAUGGAGCUGCUGGUCAGCGCCAUUGCCAUCAACAGCGCCUACACCACCAAGAUUCUGCCCCCGGAGAAGGAGGGCGCCCUGCCCCGACAGGUGGGCAACAAAACAGAGUGCGGCCUGCUGGGCUUCGUGCUGGACCUGAAGCAGGACUACGAGCCUGUGCGCAGCCAGAUGCCGGAGGAGAAGCUGUACAAGGUCUACACCUUCAACUCCGUGCGCAAGUCCAUGAGCACCGUAAUCAAGCUGCCCGACGAGAGCUUCCGCAUGUACAGCAAGGGCGCUUCGGAGAUCGUGCUCAAGAAGUGCUGCAAAAUCCUCAACGGGGCGGGUGAGCCCCGGGUCUUCCGGCCCCGCGACCGGGACGAGAUGGUGAAGAAGGUGAUAGAGCCCAUGGCCUGCGACGGGCUCCGCACCAUCUGCGUGGCUUACCGCGACUUACCCAGCAGCCCCGAGCCCGACUGGGACAACGAGAAUGACAUCCUCAACGACCUCACCUGCAUCUGCGUGGUGGGCAUCGAGGACCCCGUGCGGCCCGAGGUCCCGGAAGCCAUCCGCAAGUGCCAGCGAGCAGGCAUCACUGUCCGCAUGGUCACCGGUGACAAUAUCAACACAGCCCGGGCCAUCGCCAUCAAGUGUGGCAUCAUCCAUCCUGGGGAGGACUUCCUGUGCCUUGAGGGCAAGGAGUUCAACCGGAGAAUCCGCAACGAGAAAGGGGAGAUUGAGCAGGAGCGAAUCGACAAGAUCUGGCCAAAGCUGCGGGUGCUGGCUCGCUCCUCCCCCACGGACAAGCAUACCCUGGUCAAAGGCAUCAUCGACAGCACACACACGGAGCAGCGACAGGUGGUGGCCGUGACGGGAGACGGCACCAACGAUGGGCCCGCGCUCAAGAAGGCCGAUGUGGGCUUCGCCAUGGGCAUCGCAGGCACAGAUGUGGCCAAGGAGGCCUCGGACAUCAUCCUGACGGACGACAACUUCAGCAGCAUCGUCAAGGCGGUGAUGUGGGGCCGCAAUGUCUACGACAGCAUCUCCAAAUUCCUGCAGUUCCAGCUGACGGUCAACGUGGUGGCCGUGAUCGUGGCCUUCACGGGCGCCUGCAUCACGCAGGACUCCCCUCUGAAGGCCGUGCAGAUGCUCUGGGUGAACCUCAUCAUGGACACGUUCGCCUCACUGGCGCUGGCCACCGAGCCACCCACGGAGACCCUGCUUCUGAGGAAGCCGUACGGCCGCAACAAGCCCCUCAUCUCGCGGACCAUGAUGAAGAACAUCCUGGGCCACGCCGUCUACCAGCUCACCCUCAUCUUCACCCUGCUCUUUGUUGGCGAGAAGAUGUUCCAGAUCGACAGCGGGAGGAACGCACCCCUGCACUCGCCGCCCUCCGAGCACUACACCAUCAUCUUCAACACCUUCGUCAUGAUGCAGCUCUUCAACGAGGUCAACGCCCGCAAGAUCCACGGCGAGCGCAACGUCUUCGACGGCAUCUUCCGGAACCCCAUCUUCUGCACCAUUGUGCUGGGCACCUUCGCCAUCCAGAUAGUGAUCGUGCAGUUCGGGGGGAAACCGUUCAGCUGCUCUCCGCUGCAGCUGGACCAGUGGAUGUGGUGCAUAUUCAUCGGGUUAGGAGAGCUUGUCUGGGGCCAGGUCAUUGCCACCAUCCCGACCAGCAGGCUCAAGUUCCUCAAGGAGGCGGGCAGGCUCACGCAGAAGGAGGAGAUCCCGGAGGAGGAGCUGAAUGAGGACGUGGAGGAGAUAGACCACGCCGAGCGCGAGCUGCGGCGGGGCCAGAUCUUGUGGUUCCGAGGCCUGAACCGGAUCCAGACCCAGAUUGAAGUAGUCAAUACUUUCAAGAGCGGGGCCUCCUUUCAGGGAGCCCUGCGGAGACAAUCCUCCGUCACCAGCCAGAGCCAGGACGUAGCCAGUCUCUCUAGCCCUAGUCGCAUCCGCGUCGUGAAGGCGUUCCGUAGCUCUCUCUAUGAAGGUCUAGAAAAGCCUGAGUCUCGAACCUCCAUCCAUAAUUUCAUGGCUCAUCCUGAAUUCCGGGUCGAAGAUUCACAGCCCCACAUUCCCCUCAUCGACGACACCGACCUGGAAGAAGAUGCCGCGCUCAAGCAGAACUCGAGCCCGCCGUCCUCGCUCAACAAGAACAACAGCGCCAUCGACAGCGGGAUCAACCUGACGACCGACACAAGCAAAUCAGCUACCUCUUCAAGUCCAGGGAGCCCCAUCCACAGCCUGGAGACGUCGCUUUAGCUGAGGACCCCGCCACCACCCACCUCCCGGGCACCCACCCGUCCAGGCACCCGACUCACCCAAGCAGCAACGAGCAACAGCAGGAAACCAAAUACCGGCGAGAAAACCGUUUCCACCCAACAGACCCUUUUUCUGGCUGCGAUGCUGUUUGAACUCUUUUUCACUUUGAGGCGAGGGCGGGAUCUCCUCCGGGGGCUUAAGGGAGUGAGCGGUUUUUCCCAGAACUAGCCCUUCCUGGCUCCCACCUGACAUGGGCCAGCCACGCACCCGCCCGGCGCCAUGUCCCCUGCAUGAAUGUACUCUACACUUCCGGUCCUCCCCUUGUUUGGUUUUUGGGGGGUUGGGGAGGGGGUUUUUUUCGUUUGUUUGUUUGUUUUCUUAGGCGGGAACUGCAGACAGACUCUUUUCUGAGA